GUAUUACGUUGGUUCAGUUUGUGGUUAGUGUUGUUCUACUGAGGUUGUGUGUGUUCUUUUAUUUAUUUGCGUGAUUAACUGUGAUAAUGCAUAUCAGUUUGAAGAAAUCCGUGGAAAUGAGAGAAAAACACUCUUGGAUGAUGACAGGCACAACAAUCUUCGCAUUCCUGAACGUUAUUUCAGCCAGCAUCGGAGUCCUAAUAUGCCUGAAUGUGCUGGCCAUGUACGUGUACGAAGCGAUCACCCACACCGACAAGAUUGAUACAUUCAUGUGGUCCGCGUGUCUCGGCACUAACUUCCUUGCCAUUGUGUCCUUGGUGUUUGCCGUGCUGCUGUAUCUUGGCAUCAAUCGGAAAAAGCCGUGCUUCAUACUAGCUUACUGCAUCUUUGGAGUCGUCGUAGUAAUUUCAAUAGUCUGCGCACUAGUGCUCAUCCAUCAACAGAAAUAUUUGGGAAUGGAGAAGAAAUUACGAGAAGUUUUCUGUGAAUAUUAUGAGCCCGUCGUCUAUGCUACUGUUGGGAUGUGCGUUAUGUAUGUGUUAUUGCUUACUAUGAUCUGCCGGACCUGGGUUUUGAUGACAUCCUGGCGUUCAGGCGACCGAAGGAAACUUGUCAAUGACUACUAUGAAUCCGACUGGAGAACCGACUGACAGUUAUAAACUGCCUAAUUCACUGGAGAAGAAAUAAGGGUCCUACACAUACUCGUAACAUUAUAGUGUCCUUACUUUCGCGUCUUUCCUGUAAGUAGAUAUCAAAAGAUAUAAGUAUAGAUAAAAACUUUAAUGCAAAACAUUAUCGUGACAAAAAUAUUGAACUUAUGAUAAGAAUAAAACUAAAACCAAAGAGAAUAGAUAGUAUAGAGGGGUCCUGUCAUAGUAAAUUUUGUAGUCACAGUAAAUUUACUGCCAUCUAUCGACACACGACUAAAACUCAAAAUGAAAACGUAUAAAACUAUCAAAAAAAUUAAUAUAUAAAUGGUUUUAUUAUUUUUAUUUCAUUUUGACCCAUGUUCAUUCACUGAUACCUAUGUGUUAAAAUUUUUAAAUAUAAAACGGUGUCGUCACUGCCAUCUAGCCGAGCAUAGGCCAAAGGUGUGUGCGCCAUCUGUCCGAGAAUGACUUUUUCUUGACUUCCGAGGCACAUUUUUCCUUAGACUUUAUUCAUCUUAUACGGAGUUACAUAUGUCUUUGCUAAAACUUAUGUCUAAGUACUAUACUAAACUAACUAAGUACAUAAGUACUAGGAUUUUUUUUGUCACGACUGUGUAGUCGCGAAAAGGCGCCAACUCAGCAUGUGCUGCAGCAUUGAUGCCACAGCGCUGGUAUUCUGCCGGGACCUAGCAAUGUACGCAGCAGUUCAAAAGCAAAUUUUUGAACUGCACCCUUACAGGAGUGAUACGAAAUGUGUGUGACCCAUCAAUUUAAAAAAACAGCAUGAUAUGGUGGCAUGACUUUAAUAUGAAUGUGUAAAACAGGCUGAAGAUUAAUAUCAGUUUAAUUCAUGUGUUUUUUCGCUUCUGGUAUAAAAGAAGUGAAAUAAACACAUGUAAAAGAACUGACAAAUGCUAUGUACUUUAAUGUAGGUAUAUAAUUUUUUUGCUGUGUGUACAAUACAAGACAAUAGAUAUAUGAUGGAUUCAAAUUUCGUUUUAUUUGUUUUUAUUUAUACGUGUUGUUCAUUGUGGUAUAAUCAUAAACAGUUUUUAAUUUGUGUUGUGAUACUUCUUUUACACCAAUCU